GGACUCGGCAGAGAAGAAGAGAGGCUAACGGCUCGGUGGUUAGCUGCUGCUCACUUCAGUUUUUUCAGUGCUAUGAUUGACAGUCAGCAGAGGUUUACACGGGCAUGUCAGCACAUUCGCUCGGUUGUUAUCCUAACAGAAAGCUCUGCAGCAUGGCGAGUCAAGAAGGAGCACUUAGCUGUCGCCAUUCACACACAAGACUAAGAACACCGUGUGUCGGAAUACUGAGGAUGUUAUUUAUUGCUUUUAUCCACACGGCGCGGGCGAACAAACAAGCAUUCAUUCAGUCAGACACAAUUCUAGAAGUUCUACAUUUUGGCGAGGGAAGCCUUUUACAGGCUGAGUCUGACAUUGAUUUUAGUUUAUAUCAUCAACAAAGCACAUCCCCGCACCGUGGGAACUGCCGACCUAUACGAUUUGAACCUCCAAUGUUGGACUUUCACGAACAGCCUGUUGGGAUGCCAAAAAUGGAGAAAGUUUAUUUACAUAAUCCUAGCUCAGAAGAAAUUAGUUUGAUAUCAAUAUCAGCAACAACAGCACAUUUUCAUGCAUCCUUUUUCCAGAAUAGGAUAAUUCCACCAGGAGGGAACACAUCAUUUGAUGUUGUGUUUCUCGCUCGAGUAGUUGGGAAUGUAGAAAACACUUUAUUUAUUAACACAUCAGAUCAUGGAGUGUUUACAUACCAGGUUUUUGGGGUCGGUAUCCCAAACCCCUAUAGACUGCGACCCUUCAUAGGGGCUCGAGUCCCAGUAAACAGCAGCUUCUCACCUCUAAUAAACAUCCACAACCCCUACAGUGAACCGCUGCAGGUUGUUGAGAUGUACUCCAGUGGUGGAGAUCUACAUCUAGAGCUUCCCACAGGUCAACAAGGAGGCACUGGAAAAUUAUGGGAGAUUCCUCCAUUUGAGACAAAGGGGGUGAUGAGAGCCAGCUUCUCGUCCAGGGAUGCCGACAACCACACGGCCUUCAUCAGAAUCAAAACCAAUGCCCCUGAUGAGGACCAGUUCAUCAUCCUGCCUGUAGAGGUGGAAGUCACAUCAGCCCCUGGUAUAUAUUCCUCAACAGAGAUGCUUGACUUUGGUACACUGCGAUCACAAGAUCGUCCAAAAAUGCUGAAUCUCCACCUUUUAAAUUCAGGAACAAAAGAUGUUCCAAUUACAAGUGUUCGUACAACACCAUCAAACGAAGCCGUCACAAUAGAUUUCAAAGCAGUUACACUGAAAGCUGGAGAGAGCAGAUAUACCAAAGUAGCAAGUAUUAGUUUUGAUGCCUCAAAAGCGAGAAGACCAUAUCAGUUCUCUGGUAAAAUAACAGUUAAAGCGAAAGAAAAGAGCUAUUCCAAGCUUGAAAUCCCAUACCAGGCAGAGGUUUUAGAAGGAUACCUAGGCUUUGACCACACAGCUACGUUGUUCCACAUCAGGGACAGCCCUGUGGACCCGGUGGACAGGCCCAUCUUCCUCACAAAUGCUUUCAGCUUUGCAAUCUGCAUACACAAUGUGUCCCUGCCCGAAGAGGCCAAAACUAUGUUUAAUGUGCAGAACUUCAGUGCACCCAUCAUCAUCCCCCCACACGAGUCACGCUACAUCUUCUCUCUGCUCUUCCGCCCAGUCCGACCAUCAAUUCACAUAGACAGCAACAUCCUGCUUAUCACAAAUGCAUCAAAGUUUCACCUGCCUGUCCGGGCUUACACAGGCUUCUUGGAGCCACUGGUUCUGUCCCCGAGUCUGAAGGAGAACAUCCUGGACUUUGGUGUCCGCAGUGCAACAGACACCAGCAGCAUCACGUUUGUGGUGGUCAACAGCAAUCCCAUAGAGUUGGAGAUCAAGUACUGGUUGGUCACAGGAGACAGUCUUUCCAUGGAGCUGCUGAAGACAGAGAAAGGAAACACAACAGUGGCUCUGAGUCACCUGCAAGAGCUGCACAACACUUCAGUCUCCCAUCACAAAACAGUGAUAUUAGCAUCUGGCUAUUAUGCAGCAUUCAGAGUGACAUUGGUGGCCAAGGCUCUGGAGGGCAUGUAUGAUGGAGCCGUACACAUAACUACAGAUUAUGAGAUAUUAACCAUCCCAGUGAAGGCUCUCAUUGCAGUGGGCACAUUAAACAGCUCUCCUAAACACAUCGUUUUACCACCUUCGUUUCCAGGGAAAAUUGUUCACCAAAGCUUCAGCAUACAGAGCUCUUUCACACAGAAAGUGAGACUGCAGCAGAUCCGCUCCCUGACAGAAGAUAUACGUUUUUAUUACAAACGGCUUCGCAACAACAAAGAUGAGCUGGAGCCAAGGCGUAAAUCUAAGGUGGCAAAUAUUUAUUUUGAUGCCAGCUUGCAGUGUGGUGAUCACUGUUAUGCGGGGCUGCCAUUUGUGCUUAAAUCUGAGUCCAAGCCUCAUGGUCUAGCAUUACAGGAAGAUAUCUGGGAUGCUGAUGUGGACCUUCAUGAAAAACUUCUCAGACGAUGGAAGGAGCUUAAUGAACACUCUGGCCACAAGAUUGAAGCUGUCUUUGAAGUCAGCACAGACCUUCAGAAAAAUGUUCAAGCUAAAAUAACAGCACAUUUGACCUGGCCCUCACUGGUCAACUCUUCACAGCGAAUUACAUUCCCUCUGACCAACACAAACAGCUCCUCUGAUGAGGAGGUGAUUCUGCAGAAUCCUGCCGACGUCCCCGUCUAUGUCCAGGUUCUCCCCUUGGCACUGUUACCCAAUCCCUCAGUGUUUACUGGAAAGCUGGCUGACAAGUUACCAUUAGGAAAUUUGUCCAACAUCAACAUUGACACAAACACCUUAGAGUUCCAGGUUCACAGAAAUCAAACGCCCCUAAUGAAGAGUAGUACAGGGUUCAUAGAGGGAUCAGCCAGGCCCUUUGUGUACAACCUUCUGCUGCUGCCCGGAGAAGUCAAGUCGUUCAACGUGAGGUUCACUCCCAUUAGAAACCACAGUGUCUCUUCCCUCCUCAUAGUCAGGAAUAAUCUAACUGUGAUUGACACAAUCAUACUCCAUGGGCGAGGCACAACAGAGAGUCUGAAAGUUGCAGGGAAGCCUCCAGGACAAGGCAGCUCGCUGAGGUUUAAGAUGACUGAGUCCCUGCUGAAAGACUGCACAGAGAAGACAAAAGUCAAAGAGCCAAACUUCACCCUCAGAAGAACCUUCAGAGUGGAGAACACAGGCUUGCUCCCAAUCACCAUCAGAUCAGCAGAAAUCAAUGGACAAGCUUGUGAAGGAUAUGGAUUCAAAGUUCUCAACUGUCAAGAAUUUGCACUUAAUCCAAAUGCUUCAAAAGACCUCAUCAUACUGUUUACACCCGACUUCACUUCAUCUCGAGUGAUCCGGGAGCUGAAAUUGGUGACGUGUGGGGGCUCCGAGUUUGUGUUUGUCCUGAAUGCCUCCUUGCCCUACCACAUGUUAGCUGCAUGUACAGAGACCCUGCCCAGACCGAGCUGGGAGCUGAAGCUCUACAUCAUUGUCUCUCUCAUAAUGAGUUCCAUGUUUCUGUUGGUGAUUGCCACAGCCUACCUGGAGGCUCAGAGCAUCUGGGAGCCUUUUAAGAGACGUGUGUCUGUGGAGUCCAACUCUUCCUUGGAGACUGGGAGACCAUUUAAUCUCAGGGAAAUGGUGCAAAUUCACAGUGAUUCAAAGUUGAGCGAUUACAGUGACCCAUCCCAGAACUCCAGAGGAUUGUAUGCAUCCAGCAAUGGAGCAGCUCGGGUCGGAGGUCGACAGAGCAGCAGUCGCACCUUAUCUGACGCAGACUGCCAAGAUAAGAGAUCCAGGAUCAGCUUCAGCCGCCCAUCUAUGCAAGCUAAUUCCACUCAGUUGACCAAAGGAAGUACAACCUCAGGCCAAGAGGGCCCGCCACCUGCCUGUCAGCUAAAUAGCCGGAAGGUUCGGAGUCCCAAACAGCUGGACCUCCAGAGUCAAGGUUUAGCUGCGUCAUUGCCUCACAGAGGCCUCUGCCCUGAGGAUGCAGAAUAUGCCAACCUACUAGGAGCCAUGGACAAUGAUCUGGACCGUCCAGAGUUGCUCAGCACUGAGGCACUGCAGGAGCCGAGCUCUCAAUCCAUACAAAACAAAGGGAAGGCCCGAGGUAAAACAAAAGCCCAGAGGAAAAAGGAAGAGAAAGAGAAAAAGCCAACAGUAAAGACUCAGGGAGACGAACUUAAAGAUAAUUUGGCUGACAACGAUGACAGCUCCUCCACUACUACAGAGACGUCCAAUCCAGACUUGGAGACAAACAUCAAAGAGGAACCAGUGAAAAAGAAGGGAAGGACAGUAACCACAGGGAAAAUGACAGAGGAGACUUCCAAUGUCUCGAUGAAACCCAAAACCAAGAAACAAGAAGCCACAAAGAAAGAGACCCAGUCAGAAAAUUCCAGUCUGCUGGAGCUGCCAUAUGUAACGCCGCUGGAAAACAAACGCAAGAGCUUCACAUCCAAAGCUCUCCACCCUCUCAACAAUACCCCAAAGACAAGGCCCCUGCAGAAGCAGAGACUAAAUGGGAAGCUGGAAGACAGACGCCCCUCUUUGUUUGCCAAACUGUUGUCCAGUGGUUCGGUGCCAGAGCUCGGCCAUAGCAGCAGCUCUGAGGGUGAGAAGGAGUUUGCCUCUCCAGAGUGGGAUGUUCCGCUCUCCAAAAACAGCAUCCAAGCAGAUAGUCUUCAGCAGAUUUCCCUCCAGACAAUGAACGCAGACCCUUUCCUGAAGAGGUCCGUCACAGCCGGGACCUGCUCCCCUCCACCCACCUCCCCAAGCUUACUGUCCCGAGGCACCUACAGCAGCGUGGUCAACAGUAACGGUGAAGGAAACCAGAAAAAAGCCCCAGGAAAUAAAUUACCUACAGCCAGUCCACUCCCAGGUAAAAACGGGAACCCUACCUUUGCUGCUGUAGCUGCCGGUUAUGACAAAAGCCCAGGUGGCUCUGGCCCAGGUAAAACUGACAACCAGGGAAAAGGCCUGGCACACAUGACAUCAGUGGAAAGUGACAGCUCAGACAGCUCUGGAUUGUGGACUCCCAUUGACACAGUUAGUAGUCCCAGCUAUCAUUCUGCCAACUCCUUCUCUGCUUUUGGACCCAACAACUCAUUCAACCUAACAGGAGUUUUCAGUGGCAUGAACCUACCAAAGUCAUCUGAGCCUCAGCAAAGCUGGCCUGAGUUCACCUCUGUACCUUCCUCCAUCUGGGACAUGCCAAGCAGCGACUCUCUGCACUCCUGGCCCAGCAGCUCCAGCUCAUCCACCGCCCCGACAGCAUCACUCCUGGGAAGCACCCACAUCCCCUGGUCUACAACCACACCUUUCAGCAGCUCCAUUUGGUCUACAAGUGCAGAUUCUGCCUUACACCCUUUUGCUGCAACUACCAGCUCAACAACUCUGACUGAUCUGGUUAACAGUCCCGCCCCGUCAGCGCCAGCUUCCACCGAGAUGAGUCGGGCUUACAACCCAUGGAACAUGUGGCGCCCCACCCUGAGCAGACGGAGCUCUGAGCCAUGGCCCAGCUCCUCUGACAACGGCAGUUAAACAACACGAGGGCACUUAAUAGAAGCACAUCAUGGAUUUGAUGUACGCUAAAUCAAAUCGUUUUUUAAUUAGAACAUCCCAACAGAAAGCAAUGUUACCUGAGGUGUUUGGUAGCCCCGCGCUAUAGGCUACCAGCCUGCACUUUAGUUCUCUGCAGCUUUUUAUUCACAGGGGAGGAAAUGCUAACUUUUAUUUGGAUUUGUUUUAACAGGUGCCCCUAAAUUAAAAAUGUUGAUAGCAUGGUAUGCCAGUACCAGAACUUUGAACAUGGCACAGAGUCUCUGAAGUUUAAUAUUAAUGUGGGAAGAGACAUGUUUUUUUUUAAACCACGUGUCUUAUUUUCACAAUAAUUUUGCUUCUAAUUGGUUUCUUAUAAAAGUUGGAUUGAAAGGUUAGAUUUGGAUCUAUUUGAAUUCAAAUCUUUGCACUAGGUUUUUAAUUUGCAGCAGGCAUCUUCCAUAAUUUGAAAUGUGUUUCUUCAGAA